AUUGGAGGUGUGGUGACUUCACGACCAUCAUCUGAACCGCAACACCCGGCCAACCCGCAUUCACCCUCACCAUCUCGUCCACCCCCACCACCGCCACCCCACCCCACCCGACCGCAUCACCACAAUGCCUCCCCAGCUCACCACCACGGCUCGUGCCCUGACCCGGGCAAUUGUCCAGAGCCAGCCCGCAACAGCCCGCCUCGGAGUGGGAGCGCUGAUCGCCUCCCGCAGCCAUUUCACCGGGCACCAGCGCCCGGAUGGCAGCGAGCUCCCGAAUCCGCGAACAGCGGCGCGCCCUCCCGCCGGCCCGCUCCGGGCCCCGAUCGUCGCCAACUCGGACAAAUACACCACCGCGUCGGACGCCCUGCACUCGUACGGCAAAUACCUGAUCUCGUCGCUGCCGAAGCACAUCCAGCAGUUCGCGGUGUGGAAAGACGAGCUGACGAUCUACAUCGCGCCGCAAUCCGUGAUCCCGGUGAUGACCUUCUUGAAGCUGCACACGGCGGCGCAGUUCACGCAGGUGACCGACAUCACAGCGGUGGACUACCCGUCGCGCUCGCAGCGCUUCGAAGUCGUCUACAACCUGCUCUCGAUCCGGCACAACUCUCGUAUCCGGAUCAAGACGUAUGCCGACGAGGCCACCCCCGUGCCCUCCGUCACCCCUCUCUUCGAGGGCGCAAACUGGUACGAGCGCGAAGUCUACGACCUGUUCGGCGUGUUCUUCACCAACCACCCCGACCUGCGGCGGAUCAUGACGGACUACGGCUUCGACGGCCACCCAUUGCGGAAAGACUUCCCGCUGACCGGGUACACCGAGGUGCGCUACGACGAGGAGAAGAAGCGCGUCGUCGUCGAGCCGCUCGAGAUGACGCAGGCCUUCAGAAACUUCCAGGGCGGAAGCUCGGCGUGGGAGCAGGUCGGCAGCGGUGUCGAUGCUAGCCCGCCGACUUUCAAGCUCCCCACGCCUGAACCAGAGGAGAAGAAAGAGGAGAAGAAGUGAGCGCGGCGAGGGGUGUGGCUUGCGGGAUGUAGCUUGCUCUUUUGUUGUAGGCAAAAUCGAGUGGUUUGUGUGCUGUA